CUCUUGCUGCCAGUCCGGACAAUUAAGGCAAACAAGCGGCAGAAUUUGAAUUGGGAGCCCGUUGUAACGGCCGGAGGAGAGGCGGGGAUCGGGUCGCCAUCAGCAUCGCCCUCUCGGGGAGACAGGCUCGACACACGGGAUGGUGGAGGCAGCAAUAGUGCCAGCGCUGACGGAUCCGAUGCUGCCCGAGCUGGCGGUGCCCGGAGAAGAUCAAGUGGAAAUUAGAGGCAAUCAUGACAGUCCCAAAAAGGAAAAUCUGUUGCCUCCAGGAGCAACGAAGUUUCCAGAAGUUAUUGAGACAACUCAGCUUACCUAUUAUGAGCGAUACAGGGCCUACCAGGAUUACAUCUUGGGUGAUACUAAACCAUCAGAAGUGAAAGAUUUCAUUGCAGAAUACUUGGAGAAGGUCCUCGAACCAUACGGAUGGCAAGCACUCUGGUCCAAUGAUAUGUUUGAGGUGCUUGUUGAGGUGACUGAUGUGGAGACUUCAAGCCACAAGGCUGUGGUAAAGUUAAGCGAGCCAUUCCUUUAUGAGUCUGAAACCUAUCCUCUUGAUGCAGAAGCAAUGGAAAGUUUUCUUGAGGCAAAAAAGCACUUGGUGCCAUUGCAAGAACUAUACGUGGUGAACGAUGAGUCAGGAGAGUUUGACCAAACUGCUCUUGCCGUCGAGCAUCUUCGAUUUUUCUUUCUUCACAUUUGGAGAAGAUGGGAUGAAGAUGAUGAAGAUGAUUUUGAUUAUUUUGUCAGAUGUUGUGAACCAAGAUUAAAACUGUACUAUGAUAUUCUUGAAGAUCGUGUUCCUGCUGAUCUUGUUGCUGAAUAUAAUCGGCUGUUAACGCAGUGUGAGGAGACUUAUAAAGAAUUUGUAAAAGUGAGAGAAAAUAUAUCUAUUAGUGAUUCAGCGGCAGAAUCUGAACUGAAUAAUGUUUCCAUGGUGGAAGGAGUUAAACUUUGUGAACAAUUGGAGAAGCUUAAAUAUAAACUUCGAAUAAUGGAGGCCCCACUUUAUAGGUAUGUGCUAUGUCAGGAUGGCUAUGGAUUUCCAGCAAAGCAGGCUAAAGGACUUCGUCCUUCAGGUGAAAAUGUUAUUCAUGUAGUUUCAAAUUCUAUGACCAUCACUCUGCUACAAUCUCUGCUGAGGGAGAAACUAAACCCGGACUGUGUUACUCAGGAGCAUGUGCUUAAGUUUCACAGUGAUCCACUUCUAGCAGUAAAUGCCUGCUUUGAAGGAGAUGUUGUUGUUAUCUGUCCUGGCCAUUACUAUGUGAAUGGCUACUUCAGCAUUGCUGAUUCCAUUCGAGUUGAAGGGUAUGGGCUUCCUGAUGACGUUGUACUGGAAAAGGAAGGUAAAGGAGAUACCUUUGUUGCUUGCACCGCCGGUUGUUUAAAAAUAUCCAAUUUGAAACUUAUUCAGCAUGGUGCUACAGAGGGUAUUCUAUGUAUUCGUAAGGGUCAGGUUAUUCUGGAGAAUUGUGUAUUCCAGUGUGACACUACAGGAGUUGUGUUGAGAACCACAGCAAAAUUACACAUGAAAAAUUGUGACCUGUAUGGAGCAAAGGGGGCAGGACUUGAAAUUUAUCCAAGCAGCACAUGUGAGUUGUUUGGAAAUGACAUACAUCACUGCAAGGAGGGAAUACGUAUUAAGAAUUUUAUGGAGGAACUUUAUGAUGUACCAAAAAUAACAAUGAUGAACAAUCUGAUUCAUAACAAUGAAGACUACGGUAUCACAAUGGCCAAAUUUGCCAUACCCUUACCAAAAAAGAAAAUUUCCUCUGCAGUUGCAACACAAACAAGUGAUGCAGAACAAAAACAGAAUCCACAGAACAGCAUCGAUGAAAAUAAUUCAGAGUUAAAUUCUGACUCCUGUGAAAUGCAAAAUGUAUCACCUUUAUUAAUUGAGUGUAGUUCUAACAAAUGUGAACAAGCUGUGGCAUUGAAUCCUUCUGAUGCUGCUGAAUGUGAUGAAGUUAUAACAAAUGAACUAAUUUCUACUUCUGCAACAAAGAGGGAGCAAUCCAGAAGCAGAUUAAAUGAGACGCUAGAUGCUGGGAUGAUUGAUAUGAUGUCACAGGAAAUGUUUCUAUCCAUCGUCAGUAAUCAUUUUAAGAAAAAUGGGAAAGGAAGCUUUGGAAUUGUGUACUCCUAAAUCCAAUGUAAGAUAUAAACCCUUAUGUAUGAAAUACAUUUGUACAUAAUUUUUGAAGCAACUGUAUAACAGCAUUUUUCAUCAGCUUAAAGUUGUGUAUGUAAAAUGGGAAAAUCACAAUGCUUGGCAAAUGAUAGGAAGAAUUGAUGAAAUUUCUUUUUCGAUAAUUCUAUCUUCUAAAGGUGUUCUCACUAGUUGGUGUAUAUAAUCACGUUUGUCAUUCAUCCAACUCUGGACCUGUGUGUUCAAAUGCAUUGCAAUUUUAGCUGAUUUAUUGCCAAUGAAUUGUGUGGUAUUGAUGAUUUAAGAAUACAUUUUCCAUAAACUACAGAAAGAGACUUAAUUUGUUGCAAUUCAAUUAGCUGUAUAAAAUAUAACAUUUAAAUGCAAGAUAUUUUGGGGUUGUGUGUAGUAUUAAUCAUUUUUUCCAUACCAUUAUUUGGAGCUAUUGAUUGUAAAGUAUUAAACUAUUGUGCUUAUUUCAGGAAUCUCUUACUUGGCACUGUUCUGCCUGUUCCUGAUCUUUCCCACCCCCCACCCCAGCCCAUCCGAUUGUCCUGAUAUAAUCAAGCAGUCAAGACUUAAUGAAAUAUUUGCAGAUACAAUCUCUUAUACAUCUUCAUUGAUAUUUCUCCAUUUAUUUGCAUCAUUAUGUACGCUGAACUAUAUUCAUUUCUGGUUUCAUUUCAAUCAGAACAGCUAUCUUCAAUGGAAAAUAAAUAACUCCCCAUUAUAUAUGAAAAUGCUGCUUUAAUGUACUUAAUGCCAACACGCUUUGUUUGUUGAAUUUAAACUUGAUAAUUUCACGAGAUGAAAUCAUGUAACUUUGCAUUAACAUUGAACCUAUAACCGUUUUGCAACAUUUGAAGUUUUUUAUUGAGAAGUAAAGUUGGGAUAAAUGUGCUAAAUAUUUAUGCUAUGUGUAUCUGCAAAUGGACCUUAUUUAAUUUGUAUUGUUAAUACAACUUUAACUUUCUUCAGCAG